AUGCCCCCCAAGCGACGAAGACCUGGAGAAGCAGCACCACAACCACCGACAGUCGACCCCAGCGCGCAGUCACCAGCAGUUACGCGUGCCGCCGCGCGCCAGACGCCCAUCUAUCCACCGCCGAUACCGACCGCCAGCCCGCCCAAGCCGGCGGCCGCUGCGCCAGCACCCGUCGCGACACCAGUGCCGCUUCCCAUUGUCCCCGGCCAGGCACCCUCGCCGCCCAAACUUGGCGGUGUGUGGCCCAGGAGCCUGCCCGCCACACAAGUGUGGCCGCCGCCCGUGCCGACGUCGGCGCCCGGCGCAGCGCAUCUCGACCCGGCAUCGCUCUCUAGCAGAGGCGCCCGUGCAAUGGGCGGCGAUACAGGCAAGGAGAAUGUUCGCCCGGCGGGCUUUCUCCCCCCGGACCCUACAUAUCAUGUAGCCUUCCCGCACCAGCAGAGCAGGCUCGUCAACCAUCACGGCUUCCUUGCCACUGCGUCUCGGAUGGAGAUGGCAUCCACCCCGUCGACCGUCACGCCCGUGCUGCCACCCAAGCCACCGACGCUUGCCGGUGCCGACAAACCGCCGCUGAGCUCAGAUCGCAACAUUGAUAAGGUCGUGUUUGGCAAUCUGUGCUUCAGGACGUGGUAUCCGAGCUAUUACGGGAAGGAGGUGCUUGGUGACAGCUCUGGGAAUGCGAGAAACGGCAGCAAAGAGCACGCCGUCGAGGCUAGCAAGGCCCACGGCAAGAAGGAUCGUGAGCACCCCCCCAUGCUGGAGAGGCUAUAUGUGUGUCCCAGCUGCUUCAAGUACGCCAAAGAGCUUGUGGCUUGGUGGGGCCACGUACGGUCCUGCGAACUCAAAGGCCGUGUUCCCGGCAAGCGGGUAUACACUCAUCCCAGAGGACGCCGCAAGAUCCGCGUGGCGCACGACGGAAAAGGACCCGGCCCCAAGAAGCGCCGAGGCGACGGUGGAGUGCGAUACACGGAACAAAUUGUGCAGGAUGAGGGCGAAUGGAGCAUCUGGGAGGUGGACGGAGAGGUUGAUGGACUGUUUUGUCAAAAUCUGUCACUAUUUGCCAAGCUAUUCCUUGACAACAAGUCAGUGUUUUUUGACGUAACAGGCUUCAACUAUUUUCUAUUAGUGUACACGCCCCCCUUCAAGCCACCAGUGGGCAACGAGGUUCCUGAGGCUCCUGUCCCGCAAGUGACGGGGUUCUUUUCCAAGGAGAAGAUGUCGUGGGACAACAAUAACUUGGCAUGCAUCUUGGUGUUUCCUCCAUGGCAACGCAAGGGCCUGGGAGCGCUUCUCAUGGGUGUCUCGUACGAAAUCUCACGGCGAGAAGGUAUACUGGGUGGACCUGAGAAGCCCAUUUCGGAUCUCGGCAAAAAGGGCUACAAGCGAUUCUGGUCCGGCGAGAUUGCGCGAUGGCUGCUAGGCCUCGAGGUGCCCCAAAUUCCGCCGCCCGGCAUGGAGCUCAUGGUUGACGUCAACGACUGCAGCGACGCCACGUGGAUCACGCCCGAAGACUGCCUUGGCAUCCUGCGCGACAUGGGUGUCUUGGAAGACGCUGGUGUCGGUCCCGGCAAGCCCGUCAAGAGAGAAGCUACCGAUGAAGUUGAAGGCGAGGAGGACGCGGUCAAGACAGACGAGACAAAUCAUGAGCACGGCGAGGACAAGUCCAAGAAGAAGACGCAGCAGCAGCAGCAGCCGCAACCUGCCGCCUCGGCGCCACCGCCCCCCACGCCAAAGUCGCCUGUGCAAAUGGAGCUGGGGAAGCCAGUGCCGCGGGUGCGCGUCGACAAGGAGCAGAUUCGACGCCAUGUUGCGCAGCACCGGAUCAACCUGGAAAAGACGUGUGAUCCGGCUGGUUUCGUAGAGGGCUAUGCGCUGAAGAGGGAGGAUGAAAUGGUUGAAUGA